GAGGUCCCCGACUUGUUGAAUCACUAAGAGACGUUUUGGUGACGUCUGUGGGUAGUAAUAUCGAUCUCAAUUGCUAUGCGGUGACAGACGAAAUGUUAGACAUGGCAUAUAUCUGGAAACAUAAUGGUAUGACAAUUCGUGAUUUGGAUAUUAAAAACUCAAAUAACAGACUGAAAGUCGAUGGUGGUUAUUUGCGCAUUUGGAAUACUACAUUCACUGACACUGGUGAGUACGAAUGCGUAGUGAAGUCAGCAGUAGGCAUGAUAUCGUCUAAAACGAGAGUUAUCAUAGAGGGACCUCCAGGGUCGCCAGGUGGCGUACAGGUGAUCAACAUACAGAAAUCGUUGGUGACGUUGCAGUGGACAGAUGGCGCAAACCACGGAUCUCCAAUUCAUAGCUACACAAUAAGUGGCCGUACAAGAUAUAAUCCAAAUUGGUUUGACUUAACACAUGGAGUGAGAGCCACUGAGAUCGACAGAUACACAGGUAGGAAGGAGACCACAAUCGAAAACAGUCUAACACCGUGGUCAUCGUACGAAUUCAGAGUAUCUGCGAGGAAUGAUUUGGGAAUGGGACCACCAUCUUUACCCAGCCCUAGACAUUCGACACCACCUGACAGACCAUAUAUUUCACCACGUAAUAUUGGAGGUUAGUACAACAGCAGAUUUGUGUAGAAUAUAAAAGGCUCAUUUAGAGUCAUAUUCUGGCAAAGCCACCCUAAACAUUUGAAGACGGGUGGAGAGGAGGAUUGGUAAAAAACAUGGAUUCUGACAGUCCUACCGAUUGUAAUAAAUAAUAUACUAUUUGGGAUGUAUUUUCAUGUAGAAUAAGAAAUAAUAUCGCAAUUUAUCGGAAUCGUUUUCCGAUCUGAGCAUUGUCAGCUCGAUAGUUGGCGAUUUUUAGGAGUAUUUGUACUUAUGACACUUAUUUCUGCUACCUUGGGAAACUAGAGUAAUACUUAGCAUUUAUAAAUUAAUUUGCAAUACCUUCUGUAUUAACUAUUUGCCGAUAGCCAAUCCAUUUAGCUUUAAGUUUUCAAUCUUACCCGUGAGUUAUAAGAUCGACGUCGCGAGAUCGCUUUUUAAAAAAGUUUAUUUUUAAAAAAUACCAAACUCAAAAAUGUAUUUUUUUCAAAAUUAUUACAAUAUUGUUAAGAUGCAACAGUACAAAGGCUUAAAUCUGACUGUAAAAUGUGUUGAGAACAAUAAAGUAAACUCUAGGCCUUCUAGGAAAUUAGUGGCAUGGUCAAAAUUAUUCCUAGCUGGCUGCGUGUAGUUUCUAGAGGGAAGGAAAGGAAGGGAAAUAGGGAAACCAAAUCUAGAUCUUAC